AAUCCUCAUUGCACAUUCCCUCGCCAUGGCAACCGGAAACUCAGAUGAGGUCUACGACCUCCUGAUUCUUGUUGAUGCUACCUAUUCGAUGUUUAAUUACCUCGAGUCCCUAAAGAUAUCAUUGCCGAAAGUCAUAUCAAUAUCUAACCUAACCGACAGUUUCGAACGCGUCGGCUUGCUUGCGUAUCGAGAUUACAGCGAAUUCUCGCGCGCAAAUGAUGGCAUGCUCGAGUGGAGUGGUUGGCUUCAACAUGGAGAAGGUUCCGGCCGCGAAGGGGCCGAAACCAGCGCUGCAUCGAAGUCUAAAAAGGUGCCCAGUGUGACUGCAGAGAGCGUUAUGAGAAUGGCGGCGAAUCUCGAACCCAUUGGCGGCGGCGACUAUCCAGAAGCAACCAAGACAGGGCUUGCCUAUGCCUGCACUCUGAUGCGCGAGGAUGCCACCACCAUUGUCUUGCUAUACACAGAUGCUCCGCCUCAUUGCUGGAUGGUGGCUGACAGGGACAAAGGCAGCAACUACCACGCCGAACAAGCGGCGUUAAGCAAGAAGGAUACUUAUGAUGGAUUUGGACAAUACUUUAUCGAUUGGGUUUCAGCCGCAAAACAAUUACACCAGGGCCCUCGCAAGGCACAUGUGUUUAGCUUCCUAGACAGAAAUCUAGGCACAAGCGCACUCAACGCCGGUUACUACAAUUAUCUCAGUACCAUCACCCGGGGAGCCUGCCUGUAUCUUACGGAUGCGCGACCACACAACAUUGCAAAAGUAACGGUAGACGUCCUUUUGGCGUGGAUGGGCACGGGUAAAGAUGGGUCAGAGAACGUGCAACUCCCUGCCAAAUUGAUGCGGUACAAGAACGGUGCGACAAUUAAGCAGAUCAAGAACGAGCGUGAUGAUGUCGCAAAUCAAUACUUCUGGGCAAGCACGCCAAAUCCUGACAGCAAGCAUGGUCAUUUGCCAGCUGCUGUGGGCCACCAACAUGCAAGAAAUAAGUUAGAGAAAGAGAUGGAAGAUAACGUAGCGGAGACCGCGCUCGAUUCUAACACACUUAGGCAAUACUUGCCGAAGAGAAAAACGCCAGUGCAGGAUUUUGCACUGCGAUAUCGUACAGACGAAAUCUACAGACGUCUUGUCGCUACCCAGUUGAUGGAUGUAAUCGAGCGAGAUGUUGCAUCUAUGUCUCUAAACCCAGUAUUCGGGACCCUCUGGCGCGCGAUCUGCAACGAUCGUGAGAAUCCGGAGCGGGAGAGUCUUAUCACAGCAUUUGGACUGCAGAUUGAGACCAUAAAGGAUGCAGAAGAGAAAGCGCGUAUGAAACUUUGGCUCGAGGAGUCUUACGACUACGCUGCGGAGAUUCUAGAGAUCCUUGAUUCCGUGCCCGAAGAUGAACGCUAUCCUUGUGUGUUCCUCGACCCUACUAUCGCCUUCACAGCAGGCAAAAAAGCACAAGAAAACGAGAGUGCCGGGAACAGCGAUGAGGUUGACGUUCGCCCCAUCACGGAAUUCCGUCGCGAUGAGCUCCUUGAAAUAGGUCGUUCUUGUGAUGGGAGAAUCCUGCGGAGGCUGGGGAAAAUACUUACACAGCUGUCUUUCGCCCAUUCUGCUGCUGAUCUUCCGGCGCACAUUGCAGUGACAACAAACAAAGAGGUUCCUAGAAUUCCCCUAUCUCUGGGGUCUAAGGACAAUGGAUGGAAGCUUUGGAGGAUCUUGCUUCAUACUGUCUUGCCAGGGACAAUGCUCGCAGCACGACCUGCAAUGCUACUUGCAGCACUCUCAAUUAGGAUCGGACUGACACCGCUGUUCUCUAAUGCCUCAGCCGCAUUGUUGUCGUGGAAGAGCAGAUGGAACAAUCUUGAGGUCCCCGAGACGUGGAACUCCAGCUGUCUAGGGCUAUUGCUUGACGCCGACGCCGAGUAUCGGAAACAAGUUCAAGAAGCCGACAACCACGCAGAGGUUGCUUCCGGAUUGUUGGGUGACAGUGAUAGGGAGCUUUUCACACAAUUGGUACACUAUCAGCAUGCACGCGCAAACCUACUCACAACGUUGCAUGUCGAUAUUGGGUGGACGCCAGACAAGACAGCCAUGCCAGUCGGCCCCACGGUUCAAUGUCGCGGCUGCGAAUAUCCUCGAUCAGUGACAAUCAUGGUUGAGAAGUCGGGUGGGAAAUGCGGCCUCUGCAUUACAAAUGAUUUUCAAGAUGCAAAUCACAAAUCCCGCGCUCUCAAUGCUCACGUUAACAAGCACGAUGACGCAACCGCAACAGCCACUUGGGUUGAAUGUAGCGUUCAAGCAUGCCGGGCACAGUACGUGUGCUACAAUCCCGAAGACUUGAACGUUCGCCCAAAAUGCCACUUCUGCCGGACCCAGAAGCGAGUCGCCUCGGACACUCAGGGGAAGCCAACGGCACCUACUCUAGAAUGUGAACAGUGUCUGAGUAGGAUAAUAUGGCCUCACGAGUUUCGGAAAGAUAUCCAGCAUCCUUUCAAGUGUACAGCAUGUGUCAAUAAUCGAAAGACGGUCGAGAGUACGGAGACAAAUGCAGAAAGGAUUUGCAAGGAGAAUGGACAAGGUUGGCUACUUCAGAAUACAGAUAAAACUGUGGCAGAACCCUUCCAGCGAAGCCUAUUUCAUACGAUUUCAAAAGCGGGCACCGAUAAAUUUAUGGCGAAUGUCCGCAUCCUCCCAGAACUCGACCCUGAUCCAGCACUGACAAUGCACGGCAAACUGAUCCGCAACAAAGAAGCAAUGAAGGCAACUCUAAUGUCAUGGAUCAAACAGCGCACAUUCGAACGGACCCCAUGCGCCCUGUGCUUCUCCGACUUCCCCAACGCACGCCUCCUCCCCGCCUGUCGACGUCGGGGCUGCAAUCAGCGCAUCUGCGAAGGUUGUCUCAACAGCUGGUACGGAUCGAACCAAUCCGGCAGCAUCAUUAACACCGCAGCACUGUUCUGCCCAUUCUGCAGACGACUCCCCGCGGCACGUACAUUGGCUGCAUACGGCAUGGGCAUCCACGCAGUCGGCGACCUUCGAAAUGCCGUACAGGAAAGGGGAGAAUGGAUCCACGCAUGGUGCAGUGACUGCGGCAACGCACGGCGGUACCUGGAACGGGAGUGUGCGCGUGGGACUCCCGACGCAGUGCAGAAUUGGCGCUGCGAAGGUUGUAUCGCCGAAGCGCAGGAGCGCGCUCGCAUCGCUGAACAGGAGGCGCGAGAUGCGCUGGCGUUGGUAGAACGUAUUGAUGCAGAGGGAAGGAGGAAUGCGGAGCAAGCGCUCGAGGAAGCGAAGAGGCUGCAGGAAGAGUUUCGCAUUCCAGUUAAGAAGUGUCCGGGGUGCAAGACUCGGACACUGAAGGUUUCGGGGUGUAAUCAUAUUACUUGCACUAUCGGGGGCUGCGGUACUCAUUGGUGUUGGGGUUGCGGGAAGGAGUUCAAUAGGGAUGAGAUAUAUGAGCAUAUGGAGAGCGAACAUGGCGGACUCUAUGGGUGAAGAUGACCAUAAUGGCAUCAGUGUCGAAUAUGGAUUACAGAAGUAUAUAAUUUAAUCAUGU